AUGAGCGUAGCUGAGAAAAUCAGCAUUUUUGUCUUUCUCUUACAAGGUGUUUGUUGUAGAGAUUUUAGCAUCAGUCUGCCACAGAAGAUCGAAGCUCUCAGUGGAUCCUGUGUGAUCAUAAAGUGCACAUUUGAGAUUCGUGAAAUAUUUGACAAAGGCCUCACUGAGAGAGCUACAGGACUAUGGUUCAAAGAUAGAGAUAAGAUGAAUGGCCAUCUAGUGUUUCACUCCACAGAUCCCAAACCUGAUCACUUUAAUGGGGAAAUAACUGGAAAACUACAUGAGAAGAACUGCACCACUGUCUUCUAUAAUGUUAGUUCAAAGCACACUGGUAAAUAUUACUUCAGGAUUGAAAGUGGUGAUUUGAAAUACGUCUACACUGUAAAUGCCUCCACUAUAAAUGUGAUUGACUCUCCCCCCAAACCCACAGUGCAGCUGUAUGUGGAGCAGAAGGAGGUGCAGGAUCAGGAGGAGGUGUUGGAGGGGAGCUCUGUGAGUCUGCGCUGCUCUGCUGAGACUCUCUGCUCCUCUCCUCCACCAACUCUCACAUGGAGCUCCACUCCCAGAAUCCCCCUCAGUGAGAGCAGCAGACUAGAGGAGCUCAUCUCUGAUCUGAACUUCACUGCUACUCACCGUCAGCACAGAGUCACUUUCACCUGCACUAUAACCUACCAGCUACAGGACGAGAACAAAACAGCACAGGACAGCAUCACAUUACAUGUUCAGUAUUCGCCUAAAAACACAUCAGUGUCUGUGCUUCCCUCCAGCUCUGUGUUGGAGGGCAGUUCAGUGACUCUGAUCUGCAGCAGUGAUGCAAAUCCAGCAGUGCUGAACUACACCUGGUCCAGAGAGAGUGAAGGACAGAUGGAGCAGCUGGAGACUGGACACACACUUACCUUCGAUAGGAUCGACCUGAAACACAGAGGCUCCUACCACUGUACAGCUCAGAACCAACAUGGCACCCAAAACUCUUCAGUGAUGCUGGACAUUCAGUAUGCUCCUCAGAUUUCCACUUCCUCCAGCUGUGCCAGAACUGAUGUAACUGUGUGUUCCUGUGAGGCUGAUGGGAAUCCCUCUCCUGAACUGGAGUGGCAUCUGUCUGGACGUCCUGUCACUAACUCUUCAAACACGUUCAUCAGUGAAGAGCGAUUGAGCAGCACAGGCUUGAAGAGCUCCAUCACUCUUCAUCAGUCUCUCACACACACAUCCACUCUGCAGUGUGUCAGCAACAACACUCAUGGCAAUGAUGAACAACUGUUUCAUCUAGUUUUCAUCACUCACAAAGCUCCAUGGUUUAACAUUUACUCCCUCCUGGUUGGAGUCGCAGCUGGAACUUCGUUUAUGGCAAUCUUAUGGGUCACAACACUGCUGUACAAAUGUAUCUUCAGGACUCAUAGUGGAGAUAAAGCUGGACUGAUUCAGACUGAUGGGGCUGAUUCGGUGGACAGCAGGGGAGAGCCUUUUUAUGCUAAUACAGUUAUGGUGUCAUCAGCUGAAGCCCCCACACUAAAUCACCCAGAACCCCUACAUUAUUCAACAAUUAACUUUACAAACACCAAUCCGGAGUCAAACAACAUCAGAGGCAUCUCAUCGCUUACUACUGAUUAUGCUGUGGUCCGAUACUGUGGUCAAAACAUAGAAGAUAGCGAGGCAAAGAUCAGAAAGGUUCCCUCAAUGCCACAUGGCGAAGACAUUUACCAGGUUCCUCACAAAGCAGCAGCCAAAGCAAAACAGGUGCAGAUAUGAACGUAAAGCAAGGCGAAUCUACGAAAGCAUACAAUAUUUCUACAAACAUGUCAUUUUUAAUUAAUUUAAAUGUGGAUUUA